CAACACAUCUCUGCAUAGCGACAGCUCCCAAAAGACACCUCGCACGACCCACUGGAUCAGUGGAGCAGAGGUAUCACCCCAGCCGCACAACCAUGAACGGCACAACUUCCAGGCGCGAGCUCAAGUCGAGCUUCCGCGCAUCGCCCAGCUCGAUCAGGCCGCUGUACACCGGUGGACCGGUCCUCCUCACCCGCGAUGGCGAGUGGCUUAUCACGACGAUGGGUGAGGAGGUCGUCGUCACAGAGGUCCGCACCGGCCUCGGUGUCGCGCGGGUCAAGGGCGACACGACCCCCAUCACUGCCCUCGCUCUCUCAUACCACACCUCGCCUCCCACCCUGGUGACCUGCCACCAGAGCAACACGGUCCGGUACUACCCCCUUCCUGACGCGCUGCCAACGACACCAAAGCCGCCGUUCCUGCAGUACACCCGCGUGCUGCCCCGCGCUUCGGGCGCGCCUAUCCUCGUCGCGGCCGUGUCGCCAGACUCGACACUCCUCGCGACCGGCUCAUCAGACGGUAUCGUCAAGGUGUGGGACCUGGCUGGCGGAUACGUGACGCACAUGUUCCGCGGGCACGGUGGGCCGGUCUCGGCACUGGCGUUCUCGUUCCCCUCCACUGGAGAGGAGAGGCAGCGCAUGGAGCUGUGGACCGGCUCGGUGGACACCAAGGUCCGCGUGUUCGACCUGCGCGACGCUGGCUCUCGCGUCGUCGUUGCUGGCGGUGGUGGCGGUGGGGCCAAGCCCAAGGCCGUGCUCGAGGGCCAUGUGAGCGUGGUUCGCGGCAUCGCCGUCUCCGAGGACGGACGGUUCGCGAUCACUGGCGGCCGCGACAAGGUCGUGCUUGUCUGGGACCUUGGAGACCCGAAGGCGGCCUCGAACAAGGGCAAGGGGGCCGGACCGAAGAUUGUCCAGACGCUGCUGGCGAACGAGCAGGUCGAGGCGUGUGGCCUGUUGCCGAGGGAUCAGGCCGUUGUCGGCGGAAGCACGGGACGUCUGUUGGCCUACACUGCUGGCGAUGCUGGAACGGUCAAGGUGUGGGACGUGCUCAAGGCCACCGAGGUGGCGACGAUGACUGGGGUGGAGGGUGUUGACGAGGACGACGAUGAGGACGAGCAGCGAGGUGUGAUUGCCGUUUUGUACGACUCAACAACGGCCUCGCUCGUGUCAGUCCACGCCGACCAGAACAUCAUCUUCCACUCGCUGGCAACGUUCAGCACGACACGGCAAAUUGUCGGUUUCAACGAUGACAUUGUGGACGCCGUGUUCCUCUCGUCCAACGGACAAGAGAGCACACAUGUUGCGCUCGCGACCAACUCGUCGCUUGUACGGAUAUACUCGACGUCGGCGUUCGACGCGCGCCUGCUCUCAGGCCAUAGGGACAUGGUGCUGUGUCUGGACAAGUCGGCAGACGGGCGCUGGCUCGUCACGGGCUCCAAGGACCGGACAGCACGGGUGUGGGUGCCGAGCUCGUCGGCCAGCGGGUGGAAGUGCAUCGCCGUGUGCGAGGGCCACACUGAGGCGAUUGGCGCCGUCGCGCUGAGCCGCAAGGCCGGCGAUGACCGCGGGCGCUUCCUCGUCACCGCCAGCCAGGACCGUACCGUCAAGCUGUGGGAUCUCACUCCUCUGUCCCUCGACGACGGAGACGACGACGACGCCGAGCCAAUCAAGGCUCGCUCGCUUGCCACUCUGCGAAUCGCCGACAAGGACAUCAACUCGCUGGACAUUGCGCCCAACGACCGAUUCCUCGUCUCUGGAUCGCAGGACAAGCUCGUCAAGGUGUUUGAGAUCGACUUUACGCCCGCCACCGCCGGCGCAUCAGGCGGUAUCAGGCAUAUCGGCACGUGCAAGGGCCAUCGCCGCGGUGUAUGGGCAGUCAAGUUCAGCCGCAACGACCGUAUCGUCGCGUCCGGCGCGGCCGACCGCACGAUCAAGCUGUGGAGCCUGGACGACUUUGCGUGUCUCAAGACAUUCGAGGGGCACACCAACUCUGUCCUCCGUGUCGACUUUUUGACGGCUGGCGCGCAGCUCGUGUCGUCUGCAUCUGACGGACUCGUCAAGCUCUGGAACAUCCGAGACGAGGAGUGCGUUGCCACGCUCGACAACCACGAGGACAAGGUGUGGGCGCUCGCCGUGUCGCCCGACGAGCGCACGCUCGUGUCGGCCGGCGCCGACUCGGUCGCGACGUUCUGGGAGGACUCGACCGAGGUCGAACAGGAGGAGAAGAACGCGGCGCUCGUCGCCGCCGUGCAGUCGGAGCAAGACUUCAACAACUACCUCAGCCUGAAGGACUACAAGCGCGCGAUCGGGCUCGCGCUCGCAAUGUCCCAGCCUGGGCGAUUGCUGUCCCUCUUCCGCACGGUCCUGGCGUCUGCCGCGCCGACCGACGUCGACGUCGACGGCGAGGACACGGGCGCGGCCAGCGGCGCCGCCGAGAUCGACGAGGUGAUCCGUACCCUCCGCCCGCUCGACCUCGUGCGCCUGCUCAAGCACGUGCGCGACUGGAACGCCAACGCCAAGACAAGCUUCGUGGCCCAGGGUGUCUUGAACGCCGUGUUCAGGCUGCGCUCGCCCGAGGAUAUCCUCGCGGCGUUCGAGAGCACCGCCAAGCCCGAGGUCGCCGAGGAGGACGAGGACGAGGAGAUGGAGAGCGACGACGAGGCGGCGGCCGAGGCCAAGAAGAAGGCUAAGAAGGCGCUUGCGCCGACCAUCUCGAUGCGCGAGCUGCUCGACGGCCUCAUUCCCUACUCUGAGCGCCACCUCGCCCGCGUCGACCGCCUCGUCCAAGAGAGCUACAUGCUCGACUAUACCAUUAGCGAGAUGGACGGCGGCGUGUUUGGCACGGAGCUCAUCGCGGUGGACUAGAGUAAGAGUAUCAUUUCAUCAUAUGCAUCAUCAUUCGCGCGGCA